AAUUUGAAGGCUCUUCCUCGUGCUCUGUGGCUGUUUGCGGUACCUUGACGCACUGAUCGUUAGCAGCCACGUCUCACGGUGUCCAGAUAUGUGAGUCCCUCAGAUAGGUGGAUGUUUGUUCAUGGGUGUGGUAGCGGUAUUAAACCCUCUCUCUCCCUGUGUGUGUGUAGUGUUGUGUGUGUGUGUGUGUGUGUGUGGCUGACCGAGCGGCGGACUCCUGGACAUCCCAUCAUGGUGCCGCACACAGCAGCUAGCUAGCGUCGGUGUGCAACUUCCUCCUUCGUGAAGUCCGCUAGGCAGCAGCUCGUCGGUCUGAACUGAAGCGACCUGAUUUACUGACAGCUCCUGGACAGGUGGCAUCAGUACGUAAUCCAUUCCCAGCUGCCACUGCAAGACAAAAAGACAGAUUUCUUGCUGGGCACAGAUGAAGAUGGACUAACCAUCAACACGCUCCUCAGCUCAUCAUCUCCCUUCUUGUAACCCGCCUGUUGGGCCCCUGAGGGCCCUCAGGCAGCAGGCGUGAUGCCGGGCAGCAGGCAGAGCGCUCGGCACCCGCUGUGGCGCCUCCUGUCGCCGUUCCGCACCCGGCAGGAGCGCGUGGUCCUGGCCCGCAGCGAGAGCCUGCCGGGGGAGCAGGUGCUGAAGAUCACGGUCACGGAGACCACGGUGAUCGAGGCAGAGUCUGGCGUCUGGAACUGGCGCUCGCUGACCUACCUGGGCCUCUGGUACUUCUUCAGCUUCUGCACCCUGUUCCUCAAUAAGUACAUCCUGUCACUGCUGGAAGGGGAACCCAGCAUGCUGGGUGCUGUUCAGAUGCUCUCCACCACCGUCAUAGGCUGUCUGAAGAUGUUUGUCCCCUGCUGCUUGUAUCAGCACAAGUCCAGAUCAGAGUAUCCCCCCAACUUCAUCAUGAUCAUGCUGUUUGUGGGGCUCAUGAGGUUCACCACUGUGGUGCUGGGCUUAGUGAGCCUGAAGAACGUUGCGGUGUCGUUUGCUGAGACCGUGAAGAGCUCAGCGCCCAUUUUUACCGUCAUCAUGUCCAGGCUGAUCCUUGGGGAGUACACAGGCCUGUGGGUAAACCUGUCCCUGUUCCCGGUCAUGGCCGGCCUGGCGCUCUGCACAGCCACCGAGAUCAGCUUCAACAUGCUCGGCUUCUCUGCCGCCCUCUCCACCAACAUCAUGGACUGCCUGCAGAACGUAUUCUCCAAAAAACUGCUAAGUGGAGACACAUACAGAUUCAGCCCUCCAGAGCUGCAGUUCUAUACCAGUGCAGCAGCGAUCAUCAUGCUGAUACCGGCCUGGGUGUUCCUCUUGGACAUUCCAGUGAGCGGGAAGAGUGGCCAGAGCUUCAUCAUCAGCCAGGACAUCAUCCUGUUGCUGCUUUUCGACGGCUGCCUGUUUCACCUGCAGAGCGUCACGGCCUACGCUCUCAUGGGCCGGAUAUCCCCCGUUACCUUCAGCGUCGCCAGCACCGUUAAACACGCGCUGUCGGUGUGGCUGAGCAUCAUCGUGUUCAGCAACCAGAUCACCAUCCUCAGCGCCGCCGGCACCGUCCUCGUCUUCAUCGGAGUCUUCUUGUACAACAAAGCCAGGCAGAUCCAGAGGAAGACCUUACAGGCGAUGGCGGCAGAGCAGAACCAGAAAUCACUACUGCAGGAGGAGGACUUCAAGGCCUCUGAGUCUCACUAAACGCUCGGCGCUGGAGGCUGCGAUGCUGCCUGAGGUGACGGUUUGGGCCAAGUCCACACACUGACUAGAUGACCACUUUAAGUAAGCUUGAUCCUUCGUUGUCUCGUGUCGGUCUGUAAAAAGGAGAAGCUCAGGGCGUCUUUCAGAUUUUUUUAAGGAAGUGACUUACGUUUGCAUUCCAGAGUAUGCUGGUUUCUCUUAUCUGUGGUACAGCAGCGACUAAAUGUAUUUUGUCUGUAAAUCGUUUUAAAUUUUGUUAUGUGUAAUCCAGUGCACAUGUAUUCCGAUGGCAUCUGAACAUAAGGUGUGAGCAGGGCACCGGUGCCUGAGAUGUGAGGCCUUUUUUGAGGCUCGUCCAGCCAAAGCUUAGACUGGCCGUUUGACACAUUUUUUUGAAAAAAGUGUCAAACAUUUGAACGCCACAUGCUGCAUUCUGGGAAUGCUGUCCCUCCGUCAUGUCGUGUUUUUGUUUGUUUGUCUCUGUAAACUGACUGCUCUCCAAAGCAUGCCGGGAUGCCAGCCCUGUCCUCCUGAACAGAUGGGCUCAGAAAGGGAACGGAUGGACAAGCUGCUGUUUAUUACACAUUCUUCAUUUCUGAGAAAAAACUGUUUGUCACAACUUAGGUUUUGUAGCCCGUUGGCGCCGUCGCUUUCUGUCCAGCAGUCAGACGAUCACGGGCGCUUCAGAUGAACGCCGGGUUUGUGAAAUAAAGCUGAAGGGAAGGUGAACCCUCUGAACAUCAGCUUCCCUCUCUUUUUCUUUUUUUGUUUUCACGCUUGCUUCCUGUCUCCUCGGUGUACACAGCCUGCAGUUCAGCUGGACAGUCCCAGAGUUCUGGUGACGAGGCAGCUGAGUCACUCAGGACUUCACGGUUCGGCUGAGGAGCAGGAAUUUAUAGUUUUUUUAUCAAAUCUGACUCGACCAGUUUGUUUUGGUCAGAUUUUUACAGGAGACUUGUAGAAAAAAAAGUGAUUUUGACUAAAUAUUAUGAUUUUAAGCUUAGAUUUGAUGACCAAGUGUUACAUCACAGACUGUUGGAGUAUUGAAAACCCAACAGUUCUGUUUUAACAUCUUCUGGCUCUGAUAAAUGGAGUCAUUUUGGUAAUUAAACUAAAAAACCUGCCUUUCAAGCAUGCUGAUGUGAUUUAGGGUUCUUUGAACUUGGUUUUCUUAGUCACAAAUCCUUUAAUGCUGCUAAAAUCUGUUGGUUUUACCGACAGAUUUGCAGAACUGUUGAUGCGUUUCCAGGCGGUGUGAUUGUCUGACUGGCUGUUUCUUGGAUCUUUUUUCUUCACGUUACCUCAAUCGUAUUUCUGUCAUUAAAAACAAGAUCAAUACUUCAAAAACAAAACCUAAGUUGUGAUGAGGUUGUAGAAACCUGCUCUGAAGUAGGUCUGAAGUGUUCAACCUACAUUCAUCCAUGAACACAUGAGCUGUUGGAGGAUGCCUGUUUCCCUCUCUCUCCUCACUGAGUCUGAUUUCUGUGGUGAAAGUGAAACUUGUUCCACGUCGAUGGACUGAGCCACAUUGCCAAAAGCAGCUACAUGGUGCCAAUGACUGAACACACAUUUACAUUUGUUCUGACGUGCUGCGUUUAGUCUCUUGUUCUUGAGCUCAGCGACUAACAAAGUCCAUCAGCUGUCCAAUCGGACUCGCUGGUGUUAAUCAUUGUCAGUCCAGCAGCUGUCAGUUCAUUUUUUUGGAGAGCAUUUUAGUAAUGCUCCACUUUUACUGCAGUUUUUGUGCCUGAAGAAGCAGCUUUUUUCUCGUCUUACAUGUAUUGUGACCACAGAGCCUGAUCGUAGGAGUCACUGACUUGAGCAUUUCAAAAAAAUUCCCAUUGUUGAUAUUUUCAUUCUGCAUGACUGUUUUCUAUUACCGUUUGAGAAUUUAUAUCUCAACAUGUGCUUAUUAAAGAAGCUGUAUACAUACGAUGUCGUUUUAUACUAAUCCUCCGUGUCUCUAAAAUGCACCUUCUGUUCAAAGGCUCGUCUGUGGAAAGUGUUGAGGUAAUUAAAACUGUGUUUGGGACUGUGCAAAUCAAAGAUGUAAAAAUGUUCGUGUGGACGUACCGAUGUUUGGCGGACACUGUGCAGAUAUUAAAAGUAUUUUGUCUUCGGCA